AGGCCAUCACAUUCAGAGCGUCUAAAUUGACGUUUGUUUGAGUUUUAUGCAUACAAGUUUGUCAGUUAUUAAAGUGUCUUUUUCUACUAUUUUUUUUUAAACGCGUAAUUCGUAAUUUUUUUUUUAAAUGUUCUAAUAUUUUUAAGUUAAAUCUUUGAACUACUGUGCAGUUAUACGUAUGGAUUUUAUAAAAAAAAAAAAAAAAAAUGUAAAAAUCUAUUCGAGUGUAAAUAGAGGUUAGGAAUAUCAACGUAAUUUCUGAAUACUUAAUUAUUUCUAUGUAUUAUUAAUAAUUGUCGGUUUAUAUUACAUAUCAAUAUAUAUACUUAUUAAUAAUAUCACAUUGCUGCAGAAGUAUGGAUUAUUUAUCAUUAAUAUUCCAAUAAAAUUGGAAAUAUUAAAAAUCAAUAAUGAUCGAAGGAAAUGAGGUGUAUGGAAGAAUAGAAUGAAGAAUUGUCAAUGUAUCGAUGAUCAUAAUCAUAAAAAGCAACAUGUAUCCAAUAAUUCAGAUGAUAGUGGAGAUAAAAUUAAGACAUCUAUAAAUUCAGAAGUUGAAAAAAUUUCUCAAAAUGAAAAAGGAUGGCAUAAAAAUCAAAAUAAAUUAAUAACGGAAUUGGAUUCACGAAAUGAAACAGAGAGAGGGGAAAAUUUAAAAAUUUCAUUAGAUCACGUUAAACCUUAUCCAUUUACAUUUAUAACGGCAGUAAAAAGAAAAUUUGCCUUAGGUGAACAAUCAAUGAGUAGUGAUAUUUGUAAAAAAAUUCGUGAACAAAAAAUUUCCAAUGAAUCAUCAACAACUAAACGACAAAUUUCAAAUUGUCAAUUGGCAGAAAAAAUGGAUUUCAUAAAACCAUUAAAAGUACCCGAUUUAAAAAUUUCACCAAAAACAAUUGAUUAUCCACAAAGAGAAAGUUCAUCAUUAAGUGAAGUUUCAUCGGUGAAAAAAUUUAAUAUGAUUUCAAAAGAUAAUAUACAAAAGGAAGUUAAAUUAUUAAAAUCAUCCGAUCGUGUUCAACGUAAAUUAGAUUUCUCAUCAUCAGAUGCAUCAUUAUUACAAAUUGAUAAUGAUGACGACAAUGAUCCAACGGACGUGUCAGUUUUAAGUUUAAUAAAGAAAAAAGAUCGUGAUCAUUCGCGAGAUAAAGAAAAUAGAUCGAAAAGAAUUAAAAAAGAUGAUUCAAGUUGUUCAUCAAAAGGUGAUAAUUUUUCACAAGAUUCAUCAAAAAGAUUAAAAUCCACAAAAUCAACAACUAAACGUGAUGUACCUGAAUUGGUAUUUAAAAAAAUUGGCGCUGAACAUUUUUUAUGUCACACGCCAAGAGUUAGUGAUUUUGGAAUGAAAAAAUCGCGAAAUAAACAUUUUACAACGUCAACAUUGAAAAAAGACGAUGAGAAAAAAUAUCGUUGCUCAAAUAUUCAAUAUUCUAAAUCAUUAAAGGACAAAUCAUUGAAAUUAAAAGGCCGAUUUAUUAAUAGUGAAUCAAUUAGUUUAUCCGAAAGAAGCGCUAAAUUACAAGAUAGAAUUUCAACAAAAGAAUCAUAUAGCGAUACAUUUACAGAAUCAGACGAUUGGAAAAGUAAAGAGGAAAAUAAUUUACAUGAGGAUGAUCAAAAUAAAUUAUCCGAUAAUAGACAUUCCAAAUCGAAAAUUUAUAAUAAUCGUGAUAUUGAAUGUAAGGAACAAAUAAAGAGAAUUAAACAUAAAUACAGUAAUAGUAAAAUUGAUUCAUAUAGUCUUUCAACAUCAGAUAUUUUAGAGGAAGUUGAAACUGCUUCCGAUUCAAAUGUUAGUUAUCCAAAAAAGGAAAAAAGUGAAUCGUGUGAAACAUUUUCUCAAGCAACAAAAAUUAAGGAUAAAGUACCAUUGCAAAAUUUAAUUCAAACAAAUGAAUCACGUGUUUCGGAAGUGGAAUUUUUUAAUCCGCAAAAUAGUGUUAAAAAUGAUAAUUCAUCGCUCAAUAAUAAUAAUAAUAAUAAUGUUAAUAAUAGUAUGACAAAUGAUGAAAUAAAUACAGAAUCACAAAUAUCAAUGGAUACAUCAUUGUCGGAAAUGCUUCUUGAUCCUAGAAAAAUUUCCUUUAGGGAUAAUAGUUAUUCACAGCAAAAUGAAUUUUCCGAUUUAGUUACUCCCGAUAUGAAUUUAAUGUUACGAUCAAACAGAAGGAGACGACAAUUUUUGCAAAGUAAUAAGGAAUCGCCACAGAAAAAUGUGAAAAAUAAACAAACGAUGAUAAUGGAAACUGAGGAAAAAAGCAGUCAAUCGUUACAUCCUGCAGUUUUGAAAAUGAAAUUUCAAGCAGAAGAAAGACAUCUUAAUAGUUUUAGUGAAUCUGUACGUCAAGCUACUUAUGAAAGUAAUCUUUAUAAUAAUUCAAGUUGUGAAGACGGAAUGCAGAGUGAAGAAACAGUUAAUAAUGAGAUUAGAAAGCAAUUAGUUGCCCUGCGAAGUGAAGCAAAUGAAGAAAUUAAUAAAGAGGAAAAUCGUUCACUUACUAAAGCUCUUCACGAUGCGGAUAUUUGCUUUGUAAAUAAAACGCCAACAAAAGGAUCCACGUUAUUGAAAAAGACCCUUGAGGAAAAUAUACAUGGACAGGAAUUAUUAACAAAAAAUUUAACUGACAAAUUGGACACUAAUAAUAUUGAUAAUAAACUUAAAUUAAUUGUAAAAAUGGCAGAAGUUCAAACACAAACGGCAAAUGAUAUUGCAACACAGACAGAUAUUAAUUUCUAUCAAUCGAGAAUGUUGAAAAAACUUGAAGAAUUAUCAGGUAUUACUUAUGAAAGAGGAGCAAUAAAUUCAAGGGAUAUUCCACAAUUUUCAUUAGAAUCAUUAGAUCAAGAUAAAGAUUUUGGUCAAUUAGAUGAUAUUUCAUUAGCGAGUAGAAUGAAAGCAAUGUCAGAAAUAAGUUUACAUGAAACAACAUCAUCCAUUAAGACUGAAAGCGGUACUGAAAUUAGUAUAUCAACUAGAGAUGUAACAUGUUCAUUUAAUAAAGAUUUAGCGCUUGAGAUGGCUCAACUUGUACAGGAUGAAAAGCAAAGAUAUGAUAAAAUUCAAAUGCUUUUUAAAUCACAUGAAAAAACACUUAAUGAUCGUACAAAAAAAUUAGUUAAACUAGAAGAACAAAAACGACAAUUGAGAGAUACUGGUCAAGAUAGUCGGAUAAGUUCUGUUAAAAAGAAGCAGCGCGCUCUACUUUUGAAACUUCAACAAGAAAAAGAUGAAAUGAAUAGACUAAAGGAACUACAUAAGAUAGCAAGUCAAGAACGAAAGCUCAUGUUACAAAAACAUAGAGAUAUGUUUAAUCCUGAAAUGUCGACAAAAAAUAUUUUAACAAAACUCAAGAGAAGUGCAGACUGUCAAUCACCACGACGUUUAUCAGGACCAAUGAAGGGUUAUGAUAUUCGUAGUAAUAGUUCAAUGAGCUCAUUAGUUGAUUCUGAUAAAUCGCAAUUAGAUCGAUCACAACUUAAAACAUGCGAUACUAGUUUUCAAAAAAGUAGUAAACAAUUUUUUAAAGUUGAUGUUCACAAUGUUGCGGCUGAGAAAUCCGAUAGCGAUCAUUUGGAGAAUAUUAAUAUUAAGAAUGACGAUAAUUUAUCAAAUAUCUGUAGAAUAAAACCAGUGAAAAAUACAAAAUAUGAUAUUAAAUCACGAAAAUUUGAAGAGAAAAUGCCUGGUGGUGAUGUAUUACGUCAAAUAGAAUUACAUUCGAAAUUAAAACGUGAUUCUCUUUGUGAAUUACCUGAAUCAAGUAAAGAAAGUGAAAAUCUUUGUUUAUCAUCGACAAAUUCGCCAAAAUCAAUUUGCAUCGAUGAAAGAGGUGAAUCUGAUGAAAAAUUAACAAGAAAAACAAAAACAUUAAAUUCAGAUAAAUCACAACAAAUAACAACAAAUUCUGAAUCUGAUAUUGAUGAGAGAACAAAUGAAUUUUUACAAAUUAAUUCGAUAAUUUCGAAAAAAAUUGAAAAAAAUGUGAAAAAAAUUGAAAAUAUUUCCGAUUGUAAAACAAAUUCUAAACGUAAAGGUUAUAAAAGUCAAAAGACAAAAGUUGCAAACAAUGAAUUAUUGGAAAGUGUAUUAAAAUCAAAAAGUGAUUCACAAAUUUGUCAACAUUUAUCGGGACAUCAUAAUAAACGUUCUAAAUUAGAUAUUGAACAAUCGGAUGAUAAUUAUGAUAAUUCAAUAUUGGAAAAAUUCGAUUUUAGCGAGAGUCAAAAUUCAUUGCAUGCAUUAUUGAAACAUUCAAAAGCAGUGAAUGAGAAAAAUUAUCAACUUUUGAGAGAUAUUACCAGCGAUUCAGAGGAUAGAGGUAAUAAUAUUGAAAAUUUUGAUGCUCUCGAUAAGAAGAAUAGUGAAAAAUCGAAAAAUUUUUCACAAAAAGAACAAGUUGGUUCAAAUAUGGGUAAUUUGUCAACAAGAUCACAAGUCAGUACAUUGACAAUUUCUCGUCAUAGCUCAGGUGAUAGUGAAAAAAGUUAUUCGAGAUCUGUUGUUAUUCGUUCACAUGAUCAUCGUUUUAAGACAUCAAAAAAACUUGAGCAAAUUUUAAAUGCACGAGAAGCUGCACUCGCUUCGCGCAGAAGUUGCGUUGAAGAGUGGAUCGCUUGGCAUACUAGACUUCGUGAGGAAGAAAAUCGCGUGGCUCGUAUGGAACAAGCUGCCUAUAAACUGGUUAAUGCAACUUCAAAAGCACUUUUUUAUCAUGAUACUAGCGUUUCAUCUGAGGCUAGCGAUGUAGAAGGACGAAUUGAUGCUUUAGCACAAAAAUUAGCAGAUCGUCGUGCAGAAAUGGCGAAAUUAAAAAAAGAAGCCAAAAGACAAGCGAAACAGAGGCUUCGUGCUAUGGAAGUCAGUUUACUUAAUCAAAUUAAGAAAUACGAUGCAACAAUUCACGAUAUGCGCAAGGCAUUAGAAACAAAGAAAGAGAUUAUAAAAAAUUGUGAAAAAAUGCCAAUUGAAUCAAAAUCAGUUUCUGAUUUUAGAGUACCAAAAAUUCCCAUUCAAAAAAUUCAUGACAUUUGUAAAAGUAGCGAUUUAUUGCCACAACAAGAAAUUGAAGAUAAUGAUAAAAUUAUUGCUCAAAAUAGUAAAUUACUGAGAAAUCGUCAGGAAAUUACGAAACAAUCAAAUUUUUCCACUAGUAAUGAAUUCGAAGAAACGGAAAUGAUCAAAGACACUACAAAUAAAUCUAAUAGUGAAUUUAAUAUUUUGACACAAACUCAAGAAAAUAGUUCGAAAAUAUCAGAAAAUUUAUUUCAAGAAAAUAGUUCGAAAAUAUCAGAAAAUUUAUAUCAAAAAAAUAGUUCAAAAAUAUCAGAAAAUUUAUAUCAAGAAAAUAAUUCGAAAACAUCAGAUAAUUUAUUUCAAGAAAAUAGUUCGGAAAUAAAAAAUAUUUCACUGAAUAAAUCUGAUACAUUAAAAUCAAUUAAUUCGGAAAAGGAAAAAAUAAUAACGGACAAAUAUUCGGAUUCAAUAACCCAUUCUGUUGAAAAUGAUGAUUUGCCAACAAUUUCAACGGAAAAUAUUUCAUUUUCAAAAAAAUUAGAUUCAUUGGGUGCAAAUGGAAAAAAUUUAAACGAUGAUAUCAGCGUUCUUGAGAGUGAUCUUAAAACACUUUCCGAAAUGAUGCUUCAAUUGAGUAAUAAAAAAUCGAUUAAUAAAUCAAUUAAUAAAAAUGAAAAUAUUUAUAGUGACAAGAAGAAAAUUUUGGAAAAUUCCAAAACUUUCGAAUCAAAAACUUCGUCUAUACCAUCGUUAUUUGAAAAAAUCAAUGACGCUGACAGUAUUAAUGAAGUUGACGACAUUGUUUCUAAUGACGAUGACAGUUAUGACAAAUUAUCGAAAAAUAUUGAUUUCAAAGCAAAAAGUAAAGAAAUAUUGAAUGAAAUUGAAAAAUCAAUAAUUGGCGAUCACAUGAAAAUUCAUCAAACAGAUAAUUUACAUGAGAAUAAAAUUUUAUCCAACGAUUUAGUUACAUUAAAAGAUGAUACAAUAUCGGAAAUUUUAUCAUUAUCAAAAACUCCCACUGAAAGAAAUAAAAGUCCUGAAAAAAGUGUCAGUGAAAAUAGUGCCAUUUACGAUAAUGAUUUAUCAAAAUUAUUAUUGAAUGAAAAUACAAAAAAUUCUUUAAAAUUCCUUGAAAAUAAUGAAUUUUUUAAUGAUAGAAAAAAUUCCGAAAAUUUGGAACUCGAUUAUCAUGAAAAUAGUAUUACUGAAGAAUAUUCAGCGAUAACGGAAGAAAAUAAAAUUUCAUCUUCAGAAGAAAUUCAUGAAAAAGAAUUAUCAGAUUCACUUGAAUCUCGUGAUAAAGAAAAAAUAAAUUCGGAAAAUUCACAAUUAAUUGAAUCAAUAUUGGAAAAAACAGAAUCGGAAAAAGAAAAUGAAAAUUUAGAAAAUUUAAAUUCAGAAAAAGAAGAAUUUAGCGACACUUUAAAUUCAAUAACAAUUGAAAAAAAUGAUUUGAAAAAAACAGAAGAAGAAACACCUAAUGAUGAAAUUUGGUUUGAUGAAAAAAAUCACGAAUUAUUAAGUUCGACAAAAAGGGACGAUUUUUCUCCUUUGAUUCAAAAAUCAAGUUUUGUUGAUUCUGAAAAUAGAAAAUCAUCUUUAGUCAAUAUUUCCUUACGUGAAGAAGAGGAAAAUGAUAAUGAAGACAUGGGAGAAUCUAUAAGAAAAUUAUUUUCAUUUUCCGAAGAAAUAAAUAAUUUCGAAAUUUCAGAAUCAACAGAAGAACAAUAUAGUUCAGAAGGUGAGCAAUUGGAUAAUUUGGUUGAAAUAGUUGAAGAUAAAUUGGAAACUUUGGAGAAAACAUCGAAUUUAGAGAAUUGGGAAAAGACAUUUAUAGUUGAUAAUUCAAAAUACGAAGAUAUUUCAGAGGAGAAUUUUAAUACAAAUGAUGUUGAAAAAUCGAGUCCAGUGUCGGAGAAAAUAGAAACGGAAAGAUAUUCAUUGGGAAAAAAUAAUGAAAUACAAUCAUUGGAUGAUGAUGAAGAAGAUGAUGAUGAAGAGGAAGAAGAGGAAGAUGAAAGAGAGACAAGAAUUGAUGAUGAUGAUCAUCAAAUUUCAAUGAAUUAUUAUGAAAAGCAUUCAAGUGAUGAUUCUUCGGAAUCUAGUGAAGAUGAUACAAAUAAAGAUACUUCUGAACCUAUAAUUACAUCACCGAGAGAUAAAGAUGAUUCGAGAUUGGAAAUUGAUAAUUUAAAUGAUGAUUUGUUGAGUAGUAUUACGAUUCAUCAAAAUUUGGAAUCAAAAGGCGAUUAUCAAGUAACGCCUAUUGUCACAAAUGCGGAGAAAGAAAUUAUGGCAACGAUAGACAAAUUAAAAGCUUCUCUUAAACAACCUGGCCUUGAAGUUGCAGAAUGUGAUGCAACACUCCUCAAAAUAGAGCAGCUUCAAAUUGAACUUGAGAUAAAAAAAUUAGAAGCCGAAGAGGUAUCAUUCUAUGUUAGGGAAAUACCAAACAAACCUCCACCACCGUACACGCCUCCUAGUAGUGGAAAACUUUCUUCAUCAAAAAGUUCUCCAUCACCACCACCGGCAGUGAUUCCAACAAAUGCCGAUGAUCUCACAGUGUUUAUUGAAAGAGCAACAUCAAUUAUAUUUAAAGCCAAAGAGAAUGGUGAAAAUAUUAUGAAUUUAGAAGCGCCGCCUGAAAUAUGGGAAUUAAGAAAGGACAAUGAUUCAUUGAAAAAAGAUAGAAGAAUAUAUAAUACAUUUCUUUUUGAUCUUUGUAAAGAGACAAUUGCCGAAGUUUAUUGUGUUAAUGAUGAUAAACCAGGUCCAAGUUGGACACGACCAAAUGUCAAAACAAAAACAGCGAUUAAAGUUCCAAAAAGUUUAGAUGAAUUAACUGAUUAUGUUAAUAAAGAAGUUGCAACACUUUUUGGUUUUAAGACAAAAUUACAACGUGAAAAUAUGGUGAUGCGUUGGAGUCGAAAACGUAGAGAUCGAGUUGAUGAAUUACUUGCGAGAGAAGCACAAGCUGAAGAAGAAGAAUGGACAAAGUUUCAUUAUGAUGAAUUAGCUGUUAAAAAUGAACUCACAGUAGCGAUAUUAGACAGUAUCAUAUUAGAAACAGUGAAUGUGGUAAAAACUGCUUUCACCAAAAAACGUAAACUUAAAGUAUAGCGUAACAGUAUUUUCAAGAAAAAAAAGAAUAACAUUUUUAAAAGAAAAUUUUAAAAAGAAAUUUUUUUUUAAAGCUCAGACAAGUGUACAAAAAAAAAAUAAUUACUGUUUAUUCAAUUUUGUUAGUUAAUUUUACAAUAUUUAUAAACUUGACUAUUAUUUAUUAUUAUUAAAAAAAAAGAAGGUACUUUAUUUUCUUAAAGUGAAAUAAUUUUAAUGACAGUACUGAAACAUUUCAGGGUUUUUUCCUUUAUUAAUUAUGAAUUAGUAUAAUUAAGGUAUUAAUUAAUACUACUACUGUUAAUUAUUUAGUAAUAGCUUUAGAUUUCAUUAUUUGUUAAGUGUGAGUUUUAAUUACCUUUUUUUUUGUUUUUGACUCUUACCGUAAGUACUUAUGUAUGCAAAAAUUGUUUAAUGGAGACAAUUUUAUUUAUAAAUGAGAAUAUUUCCGACACUGAAUUUAGGGGAUAAAUUUUAAAAAUCAAUUAGAAUUUUUAAUAAUUAUUUUCAAUAAUAGAAUUUCGUUGGAUAUAAUUUCCUUUGAGACGAAUUUUAUUUCUUCGAAUUAGCAUUUUACGAAAAUUUUCGUUGGAUACAAUUUCUAAUGAGAAGAAUAUUAUUUCUUCGAAUUUUGUAUUUAGCAGAAUUUUCAUUAAACCAAUCAAAAAUUAUUCAUAAAAUUAUGUUUGGUUAGUUUUAAAAAUUGCAAUUUCAAACAAAUAAAAAUUCUAUCAAUUAGAAAUUUUGUAAAAUAAUUUUUCAGUUAAAUAAAAAUUCAUGACUGAGUCGAAUAUUUAAAUCUCAGAAUUCUUAUUUCACUGAAAUUUUAUUUGUACGAAUUAUAAUUUUUAUAAAAAUUUCAAAAAUGCCGAAUUUUCAUUUGGCGGUAAUUGGCAAAAUUUUUAUUUGUACGAAUUGUCAUUUGACAGAAAUUUUAAAAACGCUGAAUUUACAUUUGACCGAAAUUGUAAAUGACCGAACAAAUAUCCGACAGAAUUGGCGGGAAAUUUAAAAUUCAUCCACGCAAUUUUUUAAAUUAUUUCUGAUUGGUUAAUUUUAAAAUUCGCGCCAAAACUUUUUUGCAAUUUCGGUCAAAUGAAAAUUCGGUCAACUAGAAAAUCUGUUGUAUAAAAAUUCGAUUAAAUAUGAAUUCAGUAAAAUAAAAAUUAAAUUCAUUAGAAAUUCUACUUUAUAAAAUUCUGUAUCAUAGAAAUUCGAGCUUAGAAAUAGAAAAACCAUAGAAAUUCCAAUAAAUUCAAAGUGGGGAAUAUUCAUGUAUCUCUAUAUAAAUGGACCAAGAUAGCGAGAACUUUUUUGCAUAAAAAACAAGGAUGUAAUAUUAAGGCGAAUUUAAAGAGAAAUCGAAAAGUCAAAUUGAAACUUAGUUCAACUCUAAAUUUUUCUAUUUCAAAAUUGAAUGAUUAUAAUUUAAAAUUAUUACAAUGGAAGUGUGAAAAAUUAUAAUUUUUGCUACUUUUCGAACCAUUAAAACUUGCCUUUAUAUAAAGACGAAAAAAAAAUCUGAAAUUAAAAAUACGAUUAUAAUAAAUUUAGUUUAUGUUAAAAAAAUUUAUUUCUUAUUUUUAAUCUCAGAAUAUUUUAAUAUUUAUUCAAUGUCAAUUUUAAAAUAAAAUAUUAAAAAUAUAAAAAUUAAAAUUAAAAUAAAAAUUUUCAUAUACUUCCACAAAUUUCUUAAUUAUUAAUUGUUUUUUGUUUUUGAAAUAGAAAAAUAUAAAGUUGGACUAAAUUUGGUUUUCGAUUGAAUUUUUCGUUAACAUAAAUUAUUGUCAAAAAAAAAAUUUGUGCAAAAAGUUGUGCUAUCUGGGCAGUAAAAACUACACUGAAACGUUGAUUAUAUCUAAAAAGAAAUUUUUACGCUUAUUUUUAUAAUUUAUGAUCAAUAUUAUUAAUAAUAAUAAUAACAUUUAUUAAUAAUAAUUUUAUUAAUAAUAAUUGAUUUGAUUACACUUUCGAUGAAAUUUAAUGAAAAUACAAAAAAACAAUCAUAUUCUAUAUUCUUUCAAAAAAAAGUCUAAAUUUAUGUGAAAGAAUAUAAAGAAUAAUUUGAAAACAAAUUUGAAAAAUAAAAAAAAAUCAUUUGGAUAUAAAAAUUGUAACCAAUAAAUUUUUUUUUUUUUAAUUACUUUAUUAAAAAUUUUAAGAUUUGUUUAUUUGGGAAAAAAAAAUUUUUAUUAAAAAAAUCUUUAAAUUUUUUGCAUUUUAAUAUAAUAACAAAAAUUAUAAAAUGAUUUUAAUUUGGAAAAUUAAUGAAUUUUCUAAAUUUUAUCUCAGAUGAUCGAAAUUUAAAAUGAUUGUUAAUUUUUAUGAUUUUUAAAAAUCAUAAAAUGAUUCAAAAAACACAAACUAUUAUUAUUAUGUAAUAAAGGAAAAAAAUCUUUCCAUAAAAUUCAUGAUAAUGAAUUUUCAAUGAAUUUUUAAUCAAUUUUUAAUGAAUUUUGACGAUAUCGAAAAUUAUAAUUUUAAAAUUUUAACUAUAAGUAAAAUUUCAAUAAAAAAAAUUUCUAAUCAGAAUUUUUUUUUUAUUGUUAUUAAAUUACUUGGGGAUAUAAUCAACAAUUUAGUGUAAAGUUGUGCAUGAUCAGUGAAUGCAAAUUGUACAUAAAAAUUUAUCUCUUAAAAAAGUACUUGUUUAAUUGCGUAAAUUAUAAACAUGUUAAAAAAAACAAUUUUUCUCUACACCUAGAGAAAUUUUUUAUUUGCAUUUAUUUAAGGCAAACAAACAAUUUAUUUGAAUCAAAUAAAAAUGUCUGUCUCAGAGCCUAAUAAUUUUUUGUUUUAAAUAAAAAAUUAUAUUUAGUACAAAUAAAAGUUUAUUUAUCGUAAAUAAAUUUUUUAUUUAAACAUUUAUUUGAUACAAAUAAAUAAUUGAUAAAAAUAAAUAUUUGAUACGAAUAAAUAUUAAUUUGGCUCUGUGACAAAUAAAUAUAUUUUCUCUGGGUGUGCUCAUUGAAAAUAAUGAUGGAAUAAAAAAAAAAAAAACUUUUGUUAUAUGUUUUUUAAAAUAAGUUCUUCAUUAUUAUAUUAUGAGACAGUUGACUGUGCAUAACGAUAAGGAACUUUUUAAAAAAAAGUUAAAUAUGUGUUGUCGUAUUUAAUAUACAUAUUAUUAACAUUUAUUUUGUUCUGAGCUUCCAGAAGCUGUGCUCAAUAUUGCAGUUGUUGUUAUUAUUAUUAUUAUUAUUAUUAUACAUAAUAUAAUUGUAAACAAAAUUAUAAUACCUAAAAGACUGAUAUUUCGGGGCCAUUUUCAUCCAAAUUAAUAAUUCUUGAGAACUUUCGAAUUCUAUGAAUAAAAAUGUAAAAAUGUUGAAAAUAAUACAAAAAAAAAAAAAAAUAAUAAUCGCACGCACUUUAUUGCAUAAAUGUGCUGCAAAUUUUCUGACAGUGAUGAUAUCAACAACGAAAUAGUAUUUUUUAAGUAAAUUAAGAAUUUUUCGAGUCAAACAAAAAUAUAUGAUAAUAACUGAUUAAAAUAAUACAUAUUUAGAAAAAAAAUUCAAGACAUUAUAUAUAUAUAUAUAUAUAUAUUAUAAAAUGUUGUAUUGAAUUAUUUGACUGGUUACCAGCUUUGCAUUUUUAUAUAAAUGUAAAUGUAUUUCAAUAACAAAAGUGGCAUUAUGAUGACUCGAUUUACAUAUUGUUAAUUUUUUUUUUCUUUUUAUUAAUGUGAUGUAAAUA